AUGUCAAUGGCAGAGAAAAUUGAAGCUGAGAGAGGGAGAGCUGUUGAAGUAUCAAUUAGCCCUUCGAUUCCUUCGGGCGAAGGCACUGUGUGGGCAGAUGUUUCAAGUCUUCUCCGACUUGCCUGCAACGAUCUUCGAGAUGAUGAGCUCAUAAAUGGUGAAAAUUUUAAUCUUUUUGCAGCCAUGUCAGCCUUAGAGAUAAUGGACCCAAAGAUGGAUUCAGGUAUUGUUUCUACAUAUUAUUCGAUUGAUGAAGCCAUUGAGAAUGGCGCUGCUCCUGUUCCUUUGAGUUUUGAUAGAACACUUGAUGUGCAACGUAUUAUAGACAUCAUGGAUCAUCUACUAUCAUGUGAGGCAACAUGGCAUAAAGGAGGAUCACUAGCCCAAACUGUUUUCUCUUCCAUCUACCUUAUGCGGCCCGAGAGAACAUCAUCGCACGCACUACUACAUUCUUACUGCAGAGUUAUACGUGCAACUUGCAAUGCUGUUGUUUCAGCUGUCUCGGACGCGCGUACAAAUGAAGAAGAGGAUCUUUUCACUAUGACAUAUGGCCUACCAUUAAAGAGUGAAGGAGAUGAUAAAUGCUUAUCAAUGCUGCAUGCUGUGGAAGAAACAAUUUCUCGCCAAUUAAGAGCUUGUAAAGCCCCAACAUCUAAAAAAAGAGUUUUAGAAGAUAUAGAGCCACUACAAAAUAAUUUCGAUCUUGAAGAAGGAUUUUGCAAAGCUUUGUUGUGCCGCUUACGUUUUCGUAAGCACUUCUACCAUGUUCUAACAUGCAUGAGGCGGCCUCAAGGCAAAGGUUUGGAGUUGGCAAAGAAACAUAUCAUUUCCUGCUUAGCAGAGCUAGAUUCCAUACUUCAAUCAGGAGAAUUCCUGAGAUCCAACAAUGCACAUGGAACUUUAGAGGAGGGAAUAGAAGAUAAAACAACAGCCUCUGGUUGUCAACCAAUUGGUUUUGAUUCUACGUUAAACAGUAGGUCAGCAACCCCUACUCCACCUCGUGCAAUCAAACUAUUUAGCUGGAAAAAGGCAGUCGAUUAUUUCCAGAAGCUUCUUCAUGAUUUAGAAAUUCUAUGUUCCUAUUCUUUGGAUCCAGUGUUUGAAAAUGUUUUACGCUUUGUGGUCGAUUUUCAGAAGUUUCAACCCGAUAUGGUUGCUAGAGCCCUAGUCCAGCUUCUGCUGGUUCAAGAUGGGAGGCUCUAUGGACGUGAUCCAAUGUUUGCUGUUAUUUGCAAAGCUGCUUUACUGCCUGAUGAGGCAAAGAAUAAUGAUAUUCAAAAGAGUAUAACUGUUCCACAAUUAGAACAGUUAGCAAUCAAUUUGCUGAGAGUUCUCUGUACAAAUACUUCAUGGCAAAGGCGUAAACUGGGGAAGAUUUUACAAGACUGGCGUAUCAUUUAUGUUCAGCUAGAAUUGGCUUUCAGAAAGGAGCAUGGGGAUAUCUCACGGCCUUCAGUUGAUGAGAAUUUAUGCAUGAAGAUCUGCAAGCAUAUCCUCAUUUGGGUAGAAGAGAAGACUUAUUGGAUAGCUUCACGCUUCCUGACACUGGGCUUUGAGUUGGAUCUAUACUCUCCUAGUGAAUAUUGCAUGGCUUAUUGGUACAUGUAUGUUAUCCUGAUGAAACUUGCAGAGAAAACACAUAUCAAAAUGAUGAUGAGCAAUGAAACUAGUCGACGGAAAACAAAGAAGAAGAGAGAUUUUGUGAAGGACAUGGGAAAGGACCAUCAGAUCCCCCCUGCAGUCUUAUUGUUCCAAUGCUACAUCUAUGUUGUUGAAGGUCUUAUGCUGAUGCUCGCAGCCUUAAGAAAUGAACACAAGGUCUUUCUAUGCCUGGGUCCUUUCAACAGUGAGCAUGGGAGAUUUAUCCAGCACUUCGAGCUCUUACAGAAGGCUUGCCUUCCCGACCACGUCUCAUACUUUUCAUUCAGGGAAACCACAACUCAUGCUCGUUUCUCUACGUUAUCUGUGUAUAACUGCUUCAAGGAUGCCCAGAGGAUUGCAAAGGAGCUACGGGAUAGUUUUGCUAAUGAUCCCGACAGAAUAGCUGAGCUUCGGCGAAUAGAGCAGGUUGCAGAGCACAAUGGUAUUGCUCUAAAUCUUAUUUGCCGGUUAGGGACUCUCGACCCAUCACUUAAAGUUUCUUUCGAAUUCACGCACCAUCCUUACCUUGCUGUUGCUGUUGUGAAGAGAUCUUGA